CCACAUAUCUGGACUCGCUGUUUACUCUGGGAGGCCUGGCAAAUCCCACGAACCCAAAGAGAUCAUGGAAUGGAAGCGGAGGCAGAGAUACUGCAGUGUGGCCCUUUUGCUUGCGCUCGUGUUUGCGGGAGGCCUCUUUAUUCAGGGUCAAUGGCCUAGUCAAAUCACCAAGGAGAAGUCUGCUGCUCAAGAACUCCAAACCGUGAAAACCUUCUCCAACUUCACCAUGAUGAAAACAACCAAGUUGCGGGAGCUUAAAGAGUCCCCUUCACCACUAAAUUCAAAUGGAAAUGUCAUCUUAGCUUUGGAAGAAAGUUUGCAGCAGGGAUUGGAUAGCGAAGAGAUGACAGCGGCAAGCAUACUUAGAGAGGAGCCUUAUGAGUACAUCCUCAACGAGCCGAACGCAUGUCUGCUGCGAGCUCCUUUCUUAGUGCUUUUGAUUGAGGUUGAGCCCAAGAAAACAGCCGCCAGGAAUGCCAUCAGGAAAACAUGGGCCAAUGAAAGCGUGGCUGGGGGUUUGGGUUUAAUCCGCCUUUUUAUCAUAGGUGUAAAUCAAGACACCCAAAGAAAUGACAGCAUUCUGCAGCAAACUAUAGAGGAAGAAAGUCAUCGAUAUCAUGAUAUAAUCCAGCAAGAUUACAGGGAUACUUACAACAACCUUACCCUGAAAACGCUGAUGGGGAUGUACUGGAUCACAAAGUACUGUCCCGAGGCCAAAUACGUCAUGAAGACAGACAGUGACAUGUUUGUCAACACCGAAUACCUCAUAGAAAAACUCCUAGAACCCAGAGGGCAACCAAAACAAAGAUAUUUUACAGGACAUCUUAUGCCAGACAUGUCCCCAUACCGAAACAAAGAGAGUAAAUGGUACAUGCCCCAAGAAGUGUACCCUGGUAGCCGAUACCCCACCUUUUGUUCUGGGACUGGAUACGUCUUCUCAGGCGAUUUGGCCCGAAGGAUAUACGUGGCAUCUCUGAUCAUACCAAGACUGCAUUUAGAAGAUGUUUACGUGGGUAUUUGUCUAGCUAAACUGAAGAUAGAGCCAACGCCACCACCAAAUGAACUGCUGUUCAAUCACUGGCGAGUGCCCUACUCUAGCUGUAGAUACAGCAACCUGAUCACCUCUCAUGGGAUUCAUCCCAAUGAGAUCAUCCAGUACUGGCAGCACCUGCAGAGCAACAAGCACAAUCCCUGCCAAACGACUUGGUAGAAGGUUCAAUAAACUGAUUUUGUCUUCUUUGGAGGUUUUAUAAUGAAGUUGAAAAGACCUGUGACAUUUCACGUUCUGCCAAAUACAACAGAUUAAAGUUCUUGUUCUGAGGGUUCUGGACAACCUUACCUGGAUUUUUUGUGAAUAUCAUUUUUUCAAUUACUGUAGUCUUAAUGAUCUUCACAAGCCUUAUUCAGUUGUGGUUUAAAUAUUUUUAUGAUAAAUCUUACAGAA